UACUUCCGGGCCAAAACUUGCACAUCAUUGUGACUGUGCUGCGCGUAAUCGGCAACUCAUGUUAGUGACGCUUUUCCUCAACUUACAUCUUGCACUUUGGAUUUUAAAGAUUAACCGGAACAGUGGGGACACCAGACGUUCUCCGAAUGGUUUUACUUUACUAUGCAAUAUCAGAUGAAGCCAUGUGAUGGAUGAUUUUGGAGCCAAACAUAUCAUGAGAAACGAAACUCAAGAAGAAACAGCAAAUAACGAUAAGACACAUACUGCAAAGGCCAAGCAUAAAAAAAUGAAGCCCAAUGAGCCAGGUGGCCGGACUAAGAAGACGGUUUAUCACUGGGGAAAUGUGGAGGUUUUGCGAUGGCUGAGAAAAUAUGAACAGUAUCAUAACCUGUACAGUCAGAUGUUCGAGGAACACGACCUGUCAGGGCGUGCUCUAGUGCGACUCAAUCCCGUUAGAAUGGAGAAAAUGGGCAUCACAAACCCAGAUCACAGAGUUGAUUUACUGGAGCGAAUAUUGCGACUGAGGUUAAAACACGAACAAAACGAAUUGAAAAUAAUUCAGAGCAGCCAGCAGCAGGCUUCAUCGUGAUGAACAGAAGCUCAGAGGAAUAAUAAAUGUAAGACUGGAUUGUGAGAGAAUAUGCAAGCAAGUUUCGCUGUUUGUGAUGUAACUACACUACUAAGAAUAAAGGUCUCCCCUUUGGCCCCGCCCACAAACUUGACCCACUCGAGAGUUUAUUUUGGAUAAUAUACAAGCGAAAGAAGCCUAUGAAUUCCAUCGAGGCAACUGCUGAUUUUUGUUCGGAGUGCAUUAGGUGUCACCAAGUCGUCCGAAUCCGAACUUCUUUAGUCUUUUCUGAAAGGAGGCAUGACGUACGAAAUACGUGGCAUUUAAUUGAGGGUAAGUUAGUCCUUAGUUACCUGGCUGUCACUGCAAGAGGUGUGUGGUACAAGCGUUGAUUAGAGUCUUGGCUCCCCAACACGAGUGUGAACUUUUGCUUUCUUCAACAGUCCUUGUUUUCGAAGAUGUUGAUGUGAAACUUGAAAGCUUUUGAAGGAUAUGGAAAAGGAAACUUAUACACAUACUUAAACAGUGCAUUUAUUUUUUGAAAUAUUAACCUUUUUACAAGCCCACUUUAUGCCUGCCAUCUUUAUACCAACAGUACACAAGCCAAGCCAAAAAUGCGUUGUACAAAUUUUGCUAAAAAUUCUGCUUUCACGGUUACUUAAAUUUUCACAUUAAUGAAUGUUUGAGUAUUUCAACUACCUUUUUGGAACAAAUAUAAAUACAUACAGCUGUUAAGAUAUACGAAGAAUACAGUGUGAAGGUUUUGAAAUAUUCAGGCAAAAGUUUGAUAGUUCGUCAGCACGUUUCCUAUGAAUAAAUCCUGUGUAUAUAGGUAUUUAACAUUCAAAGGGAAGAUUAAGUUAUUCAAAACGGCAUGAUCGGAAGUUUGAUGAGAAAACUGAAUCAGUAGUAGACGAGCACCGCGGUUGUUUAACCCCUAGUUCUGGUUGAUUUUUUUUCAAAAUAACCACUGGUGUAAUCUUGAACAACUGUUUACAUGAGACUGUAAGUUUCAAAAUUGUGCCGAUUCAAAAAUGUGGAGGACACUUUUACUUUUUCCUUGUUCUUGUGUUAAACUAGUAAUACAACAAACUUAGGCCUAAGUCGAACGAAACCGUUACAAGAAUAUAGUCCCUCAAUCUCUGUGGAUUAUGGAAUCGGUGUACAUGUACUUUGUGCUAAGAUGGAAAUAUAGUAAUGGAUUAUCAGAAAAUGGUUUGUUUGUCUGUGGUAUUUGGCAGAAAGGAAUUAUCAUUAGGAAUUAAUUUUAUUCAAUUGAGGUCAAUAUGUGUACUUAUUUAGUUAUGAACGUCAGUGAGUUCUAGCAUGUGCUGUAUUCGCGUCUUCUAUAUAUUAAUAAUGAAACAUGUAUUUAUUUACGUGAGAUAUUGUGAACAGACAGACGUUUUCUUGAAAACUAGUAAACCGGGUGGUUCUUUCCCAUUUA